UUAGUCCUCGAAGGAAUCCCUAAUUAAGUCGGUAAUCGCUCUAUAAAAACACGACUGCCCCGGUCCUCAUACGCUGCAUCGUUGAGAAUUCAGAGAAAAAUCGGACGCACGCCAAUUCCUUCAACCUCUUCAAACUACUCUCUCGAUUCGCUUCCAAGAUGCAGAUCUUUGUGAAAACCCUCACAGGCAAGACCAUCACCCUCGAGGUUGAAAGCUCUGACACAAUUGAUAAUGUCAAAGCCAAGAUUCAAGACAAGGAAGGCAUUCCCCCAGACCAGCAGAGGCUGAUCUUUGCUGGCAAGCAGCUUGAAGAUGGCCGCACACUCGCUGACUACAACAUCCAGAAGGAGUCCACUCUCCACCUGGUGCUUCGUCUCCGUGGUGGCAUGCAAAUCUUUGUGAAGACACUUACCGGAAAGACCAUCACCUUGGAAGUUGAAAGCUCGGAUACCAUUGAUAAUGUGAAGGCAAAGAUCCAGGACAAGGAGGGUAUUCCCCCAGACCAGCAGAGGCUCAUCUUCGCUGGUAAGCAGCUGGAGGAUGGUCGCACGCUUGCCGAUUAUAACAUUCAAAAGGAAUCGACUCUCCACUUGGUUCUCCGACUGCGUGGUGGUAUGCAAAUCUUCGUGAAGACCUUGACCGGGAAGACCAUUACUCUGGAAGUUGAAAGUUCUGAUACAAUUGACAAUGUGAAGACCAAAAUCCAGGAUAAGGAGGGCAUUCCCCCAGACCAGCAGCGGUUGAUCUUUGCAGGUAAGCAGCUCGAGGAUGGAAGGACACUUGCUGAUUACAACAUUCAAAAGGAGUCCACCCUGCACCUGGUACUUCGUCUGCGUGGUGGGAUGCAGAUCUUUGUGAAGACAUUGACUGGGAAGACGAUAACGUUGGAGGUAGAGAGUUCUGAUACCAUUGAUAAUGUGAAGGCAAAGAUCCAGGACAAGGAGGGCAUUCCUCCGGACCAGCAGAGACUCAUCUUUGCCGGUAAGCAGCUGGAGGACGGAAGGACUCUUGCGGAUUACAACAUCCAAAAGGAGUCUACCCUUCACCUUGUCCUUCGCCUCCGUGGGGGGAUGCAGAUCUUUGUGAAAACCCUCACAGGCAAGACCAUCACCCUCGAGGUUGAAAGCUCUAACACAAUUGAUAAUGUCAAAGCCAAGACUCAAGACAAGGAAGGCAUUCCCCCAGACCAGCAGAGGCUCAUCUUUGAUGGCAAGCAGCUUGAAGACGGCCGCACACUUGCUGACUACAACAUUCAAAAGGAGUCCACCCUGCACCUGGUAAUUCCUCUGCGUGGUGGGAUGCAGAUCUUUGCGAAGACAUUGACUGGGAAGACGAUAACGUUGGAGGUAGGGAGUUGUGAUACCAUUGAUGAUGUGAAAGCAAAGAUCCAGGACAAGGAGGGCAUUCCUCCGGACCAGCAGAGACUCAUCUUUGCCGGUAAGCAGCUGGAGGACGGAAGGACUCUUGCGGAUUACAACAUCCAAAAGGAGUCUACCCUUCACCUUGUCCUUCGCCUCCGCGGUGGGAUGCAGAUCUUUGUGAAAACCCUCACAGGCAAGACCAUCACCCUCGAGGUUGAAAGCUCUGACACAAUUGAAAAUGUCAAAGCCAAGAUUCAAGACAAGGAAGGCAUCCCCCCAGACCAGCAGAGGCUCAUCUUUGCUGGCAAGCAGCUUGAAGACGGCCGCACACUCGCUGACUACAACAUCCAGAAGGAGUCCACUCUCCACCUGGUGCUUCGUCUCCGUGGUGGCAUGCAAAUCUUUGUCAAGAUGCUGACCGGAAAGACCAUCACCUUGGAAGUUGAAAGCUCGGAUACCAUUGAUAAUUUGAAGGCAAAGAUCCAGGACAAGGAGGGUAUUUCCCCAGACCAUCAGAGGCUCAUCUUCGCUUGUAAGCAGCUUGAGCUUGGGGAUGGUCUCACGCUUGCCGAUUAUAACAUUCAAAAGGAAUCGACUCUCCACUUGGUGCUCCGACUGCGUGGUGGUAUGCAAAUCUUCGUGAAGACCUUGACCGGGAAGACCAUCACUCUGGAAGUUGAAAGUUGUGAUACAAUUGAUAAUGUGAAAGCCAAAAUCCAGGAUAAGGAGGGCAUUCCCCCAGACCAGCAGCGGUUGAUCUUUGCAGGCAAGCAGCUUGAAGACGGCCGCACACUCGCUGACUACAACAUUCAAAAGGAGUCCACCCUCCACCUGGUACUUCGUCUGCGUGGUGGGAUACAUAUCUUUGUGAACACAUUGAUGUUGAAGAUCAACACCAGCCCAUUUGGUGUUUGGAUUCUAGAAGAUUCUAGCAGCAAGUCUUCCAUAAGGCUGCAAUGGAUCUAGAUUUUUCUAGUUCAAAUAUGCAUGGAAGGUGGUCGGUGAAGAAGCAUUAAAUAUAGAAUUAUCUAAGCUAAGUAGUCCUAUGUAGAAAGGACUAGAAGGUUGUUUCUUAAGUCGGUGGAAGGGUGUGUGCAUGAUCAGUGCACUAGCAAAUUCUAUGAUAGUAUAAGUCGGCAAACAUGCCUUAUAAAUAUGUAUGCAUGAGUGUUGUAACGCGACCAAGUAGCCUACAAGUGAGAGUGAUCUUGUGAAGAGUGUGAGUGGUCUGAAGUGUCUCUAAAAAGAGAGUGUCAUAGCUUCUAAGUUGUGUCUUUGAGAAUUCUUGAGUUGUAAUAUUUUGUGAGUGUAAUAUAAGUGAUUUGUUUA